AUGCGACGAGGGAAGGCAGACGAAAAGAAAGCGGAGCAGGAGCGGCUUCAAAAUAUCCUUUUGGACAUGCUCAAGGAAGACGAGAACAAAUACUGCGCCGAUUGUCAAGCAAAGACUCCCAGAUGGGCAGCAUGGAACUUGGGAGUGUUCAUUUGUAUUCGUUGUGCUGGAAUUCAUCGAAAUCUUGGUGUACACAUCUCUAAGGUGCGGUCUGUGAACUUGGAUACGUGGACGCCUGAACAAGUGCAGUCUAUGCGAGUUAUGGGUAAUGAAAAAGCUCGAAAGGUAUAUGAACACUCUUUGCCUGACCAUUUCCGUCGUUCUAUGGCCGACCAUCAAAUGGAACAAUUUAUUCGUGCAAAAUAUGAACAGAAAAGGUAUAUGCUGAAUGGUUUUGUUUAUCCUCGAAUAGAUGUGAAUGAUUUACCGAAACCGGGUCAACCAAGCACUAAAAAGAAAGCUUCAAAUGCUGCACUUACAUCGGUAUGCAAGCUUCUCGCUUUUUCAUCUUGA